GAAAUGCAUAAGCGACCAAGGAAUCAUAUGCUACACAAAUAUGUGCCAAAUGGUUUAACUGGCUACUCAAAAGUGUUGAAAAACACCGUUGUUCAAAUAGAACAGAAUUCAAGCCUAUAUGAAGUGGCGAAACGAGAAGCCGUAUGCGAUAGACCAUACCUGUGUUUAGGCUUAUUCAUAUUUUCUUUAGGUGAGCAAGCAUCAGCGAUGUUCAUUCUGGAUCUGACAGAUCUGAAAUACACGAUGAGUCUUUAUCAGUUUUGUGCGGGACAUCUGAGGAAUGUGGCUGAAUUUCUGGAUCAACAAUACGUUCAAGUGAUCAAACAAGUUGUUGUCAUCAACGUUCCAGUGUUUGCCUAUGCCAUUUGGAAAACAUUACGACCCCUGAUACCAAGUUAUUUUCAACGAAAAGUUCACCUUUUGAGUCCAUCGAAUUGGCGCAAAGAGAUUCUGGCCUAUGCAGAUCCCAGUGUGCUACCAAGUUUCUGGAAUCUGCAUGGAGAGGAUUUGUUUAAAGCCGCUGUUGAGAAGCCUCUCGAGCUCACAUCAGAUAAAUUCUACAAGCUGAAGAUCCCUGAAGGUGCAAAAGAGGUACACAUUGCUCCACGUCAGAGCAGAUUCUUUUGUUAUAAAGCCAACAAGGGCGAUAUCGUUAACACAUGGGUUAUAUGCGAUGGAAACUAUGCUGGCGGAGUUUAUUUUACUGAAGAUGAGAACGAAGAGGAUUUUAAGAAGAUGAGAGCUAUCUAUCCGUGUUUCGCAACGGUGAUCGGUCCCACUUAUGUGCCCAUAACACACUCGUUCGUUGCCGAACAGACCGGUGUAUAUAAAUUUUGGUUUACGAAUGAAAAAGCAUGGCUUCAUACGCUCAAGAUACAUAUUUAUGCGAAUAUUUGUGAUAAACAUUUAUAUCCGCCUGAUUUUUGA